GCAAGCUAUUUCGGGUGCGAUUAUGACAGCACACUGUGGAUAAGUACCCGUGGCCAGCACCAUGACCAAGCAUGACUCGUCCGUCCAGCGCUUUAACGUGAAGAAGGUCAAGUUGCACAGGAAGAAGCGCACGGAAAUGAAGAACCAGAAGAAGGUGUUUGUGAACGCCAAGGGCGACAAGAAGACUGUCGGAAAGCCACCCGCGUCCAAGAAAAAGGUGCGACGCGAUACCAAGCGGGCCAAGAACAACGCCAAGUACGAACAGGACCGACUCGUGGCCAGCGGACUCGUGACCAAAGAGGACAUUGAAAAGCUGCAGGCCGCGUCCAACGAAGCCGACGACAUUGCCGAGUAAACAACAACCAACCUCUCGUCCGACCCCCGAUUGCCUUCCGAUUAACAACACAUAUAUAUAUAUUCUAUCAAUGUAUCACCGCCACGGAG